UUACAAAUAGCCUGACUCUGUACAAAUCAUCAUCCACAAUGGUUCUCCGAUGCUGCAGGGGACCCGGGUGACAGCCCAUUGGUCUCUGGCUUGGACAUUUGUGCCCAGAGCGGCCACAGUGCAGGCUGUUGAGAAACGAGAGUGUGUGUGGAGCAGACGUGGGCCAGGAGACAUGCUUCCCAGUGAGGAAAACCCGCCAUUGAACUUCCGCGGGACCGUGGUCUGAGGAAGGCUCAUCGGGGUCAGAAAUUGCCUCUGGGAAAGUUCCCUUGAGAUACCCCCUGCGCUCCGGAGGGAGGCCCUGGUGUGCACCCUCUUCAAGUCGUGGACAGUCAACCAAAUACAGAAAGGAGCACCUUUGCUCAUCUGGGACCCCACAGGACAGGAAAUAGAGGAGGGCCGUCGGAGCACCCUGGUUCGUCUUCUAUUUCUGUAAAUGUGCUGCAGCGUGACUUCCGCAGCCCUCUGACAAGCUGCUGCCUCUCGACUCGGAGCUGGAUUCUUCCUCCGAUGAGAAAGCAUCUCCAGUGACAGCCCCCGACCUGGUCCUCAUGCUGCUGGGGCUCAUGCUGUUGAUGUGCGCGCCGCCCUGCGAACUAACUGCCCUGCUCCUGACCGCCACGCCCUCUCGGCCCGUGGAGGGAGGCUCAGUGACCCUGACCUGCAACGUUCUGGUCCCUUCACGGAGGCUGGACGGCCCCCUCCAGUUCUGCUUCUUCAGAGACAGCCGGGUCCUGUGGCCGGGCUGGAGCAGCUCCCCGGAGCUCCAGCUCCCCAAGGUGUGGAGGGAAGACUCAGGAUCCUACUGGUGCGAAGAAAAGACCAUGGCAGCCAGAGUCGCUCGGAGCCCGAGGGUCCAGAUACAGGUGCAGAGAGUCCCCGUCUGUAAUGUGAGCUUGGAGACGCAGCCUCCCGGCGGGCAAGUGCAGAAGGGAGAGAGGCUGGCUCUCGUCUGCAUGGUGGCCAGGGGCACAGGAGACAUCACCUUCCUCUGGUACAAAGGGGCCCUGGGUUUGAACCUGGAAACAAAGACCCAGCGCUCUCUGGCAGCGAAGUAUGAGAUCCCGGCGGUGAGGGACAGUGACACGGACAAAUACUACUGUGCGGCCGACAACGGCUACGGCCCCAGCCUCAGCGAGCUGGUGAGCGUCACCGUCAGAAUUCCAGUGUCCCGCCCCGUCCUCACCAUCAGGGGGCCCGGGGCCCCGGCCGAAGUGGGGGACGUGGUCGAGCUUCGCUGCGAGGCCCAGAGGGGCUCUCCCCCCAUCCUGUACCGGUUUUAUCACAAGAAUGUCACCCUGGGGAGGAGCUCAGCUCACGCAGGAAGAGGAGCGUCCUUCAACCUCUCUCUGACCGCAGAACAUUCUGGAAACUACUCCUGCGAGGCCGACAACGGGCUGGGGGCCCGGCGCAGCGAGGCGGUGCCACUCAAUGUCACAGUGCCCACGGAGGACAGGAAAGAACUUCUCGCCUCGGGAAUCCUCGAGGGGAUGCUUGGCGUCCUUGGUCCCGUCAUUCUGGCCUUAUUCUGCUGUGGGCUCCGGAAAAGACUAGGAAGACGUCCCUCCGGGAACCCACACAGGAGCCCUCCGAGCCCUGUGCCACCAGCAUCCAGCUACGUCAACUCACCUGCCCCGCUGCAGGGACAGUCUAUGUACGAAAACGCGAAUGUUGUACUCGGGGACGAGGUUUACUCUUUGGUGUACCACACGCAGCAGGAACGGCCACCAGCAGUACCGCCCCCGAGGACACGCGUCAAGGACCAGGAUGCCUCAGCCAUCUAUUUUAGGCUGAAGAAGGCAAACGUUACAGAUGAGGACUAUGAUGACGCUAUGUAACGUUCCGGAAGAUUCUGCCCUUUGGAAACCAUCCAUGACCCUAAGCCUCAGAACCAAUACGUUCUUCACAGAUCCUGGGGUAGUCAGCCCUCCAGUACUUCUGACCCAGGUGCUUUCCUCCCAAGACUAUUCCUAAAACCAGCCGAGAGAACCAACAUGAAUGUGGGGGCGGGAAGGACCUUGUUACCAGGACCCCAUACCUACUGGUUCUUCUAGGCACGGGUCGAAUUGUGCUCUACCUUCUUAUAAGAGGACACAAGGUGGGUGAAAGAGCUUGGGAUCUUGGGGUGGAGGGACAGUGCAGCUCACUCAGCGGGCUGGGAUGCAAGGUCAGUGACUCCACGGCGCUGCCGCACACGGAGAUGGGUGUCGUCACCUCGUAAGUGUAGACGGACUCUGUACUGAUCUCCAGAACAGACGUCCAGUCCUGCCACUUACGUGCAGCCUGCUUCUGCGUCAAAUAUGUCACUCGGUGCAUUUGGGGUCACUGACACCAAAUUAGAAUUCAAACAAAGUUUUGUAAAUACGUACUGUGGGUGCACUCAACUUUGGCGACAUACUUUGUGUGCAUAGGCCAGUCUAGAUGCCGCCAUAUUUGUAAUGAGAUAGAAUCUUGGUGAGUUUCACCACAUCCAAAGUUCUGUGCUUGCUGCGGCUUCUAGAAGCUUUAUGAAUACAGUUUUUCUUCUUUUAUUCACAAGCCUUUUAAAAAUGUGACAAUACAAUUUGGAGUCUGUAUUUUCAUUUGAAAACAAUUAUUCACCACCUCUUACAAAUUAAAACAAUUUAAAAGUAUACAAUGUAAAAACUAAGGGUCUUCCCUAUAUCUAACACCACAAACGGUGCUUGUUGCUUAAAAACUUAGCUGCACAGAUAUUUUUAAUUCUUCAUACAAACUCUUGUACAUGCAAGUAAAUAUACAAAUAUUUAGAAAUAUGCCUACCUUUAAAAAUUGCAGAAUAUUUUCAAGUCUUUACAUAGACAUCUACUAUUUUAAAAGGCUAUAUACAGAUAAAUCAUAAUAUAUACUUUUUAGUUUUGCAAACUAGAAGUAACAUAAAAUUUGUCACAAUGACCAUUUUAAGCGUACCAUUCAGUGCUGUGAAAUACUAUCAUAGUAUAUUGUAGUCUUUUCAACCACUGAUGGACAUGGGGUGGUUUCCCAAAUUUUUAUACUAUAAAAAAAAUACUAAAAUAAAUGUCCUGGGGCACCUGGGUGGCUCGGUCGGUUGAGCGUCUGACUUCAGGUCAGGUCACGAUCUCCUCAUUCAUGAGUUUGAGCCCCACGUUGGGCUCUCUGGGUUGUCAGCACAGACUCCACUUUGGAUCCUCUGUCCCCCCUCUCUCUGUACCUCCCUCCCUCACUCUCUCUCUCAAAAAUAAACAUUAAAAAUAAAAUAAUAAAAUAAAAGUCCUUGUACAAAUAUACUUCUCUGUUCCUGUUAAUUCAUCUGAAGGAUAAGUUUGUAAAUCAGGGAUUAGGACAUUUUAGGUUGUGCACAUUUGAUGUUUUUGUUAAAUACUCUUAAACUGCUCUUUAGUAAGGCUGGAUCAGU